GAGAAAUAACGUGCAGAGUUUCAUCUCGCCCCUAAAAAUCUUUGUUUUUUGGAUUAUUUAAAGAAAAAAAAUUAUGGAACUGCUAAAAAUGGCUAAAAAAUAUUUUCGCUGAAAAUGUUAAAAAAUGAUAAGCUCUCGUUUCUUAAAUAUAAUAAAGGACUUAAAAAUCAAGUGAAUAAUGCUUGAUCUUCAAAUCCAUUGUUCCAUCAUGAAAAAAACUUUUUUAACAUUUGAAGCAAAGCUAUUUCGAUUAUCGGAAUGACUUUUUUCCUGAAUAUCCUACUGGGAAUGCCGUCCACGUAGAUCGGCUCCAAAUGCAUGGGUAGCGGCUGCAGUAGGGCUAAAAAUUCGUCUGUGAGCCCCACACGGGACGCCGUCGGGCCCCUGCCGCCCAUCUCCCCCGACAUGGGCCGGGACCGGCGGGUCUCCAUCAGAGAACCCCUCGUGGGCCAUCAGCGGGGCGGGGGCGAUAAGUCCCCAGCCCUGCCCCACGUGCCCCAGCAGACGACCCUGCCGCCCAGGGCGACUCGCAGGGACGUGGACAGGGUGAAGGGGAGCCGCCCGCCCAGCCCCACCAACCACGAGCAGCGCUGGGGAGAGAGUCGAGACUAUGAUGACGUGGAGGAGGAGGCCUUCGACAUCAGUGACAUAUCGGACGACAGCGACGAGAUCCACGAUGAUGAAAACGUUCUUCGAUCUUUAGCCCUACUUCGAAUAGGACAAUUAUUUAUGGAUGCCAACUUUCCCCCUUUAGAGUCUUCUAUAUACUACAGUCAUCGCUUAGUUGAAGGAAAAGUUACGUGGAUGAGACCUCAUGAGAUGAUACCGGAGCCGAAACUACUGAUAGAUGCUAUUAGUCGACAUGAUAUUGUCCAAGGCGUCCUCGCAGAUUGUUGGUUUUUGUCAUCGUGUGCUGCUGUGGCUCAGAGACCUGAUCUCAUGAGAAGGGUGAUUGCCCCCUACCAACCCCUAUACGGCAUGGGCUAUCGAGGCAUCGUUCGAUUUAGGUUCUGGAGAUUCGGAAAAUGGAUCAACGUGUACGUCGAUGAUCUUCUGCCGACCAGGGACGGAGAGCUUCUUUUUUCGCGAUGUUCUGACAGAAGAGAAUUCUGGGUAGCUCUGCUGGAAAAAGCUUACGCCAAGCUCCACGGUUCCUAUGAAGCUUUAGAAGGUGGACAAGCUAUGGAUGCAUUGGUGGAUCUCACGAGUGGACUCUCUGAGAGAUAUGACCUGGAAUCCGCCCCCUUGAAUCUGUAUCAAUUCCUGCUGCAGGCCUCGUCGGGGGGUGCUUUCAUCACCUGUUCUCGGAAGGGUGACUGGCAAAUGGCCAAUGCCGCUGAUCCAAAUGGCCUAGUCUCGGGACACGCCUACACCGUUACUGCCGUGGCCAAGGUUCCUAUGAAAGAUGGAAACAAAGUAAAUUUGGUGCGAAUAAGAAACCCGUGGGGAAAUGAUGUUGAAUGGAAUGGCUCUUGGAACGACAACGAUUCUCGGUGGAGCGAGGUCGACCUGCACACCAAGCAUCAGUUGGAGUGGAGCCGACGGGACGACGGCGAAUUCUGGAUGGAGUACCGGGACUUUUGCCGAGAGUUCGAGGAAGUCACCAUCUGCACCCUCGGCCCUGAUUUCGACGGGGACGGAGUUGCAGAAGAGGCAGGGAUGGUGAAAGCGAUUCGAGGAAAAUGGGAGGUACCGAAAACAAGUGGAGGAUCUAGAAAUAAUCUGGAAUUAUUUGCUAGGAAUCCUCAGUAUUUGUUAUCAGUUUAUGAACAUGCUGGAAACCGGAAAGAGGCGCACCGGAAGAGCUCUCUGAACGGCGUCGGAUCCGGCUACUGUUGCGCCGUCAUCGCACUCAUGCAAGUGCGCAGAAGGUGCAUGAAGCAUCCGGGCAGGAAGAUGAUGCAGAUCGGAUUCGUCGUCUAUAGGACAGAUGACUCUAAACGCCGCCUCACUGUACAAGAUUUUGUAACCAACGAAGAGGAGGGUAAUUCGGGCCCUUACAUCAACUACAGAGAAGUAUUCGCGCGAUUCGAACUGUCUCCAGGACAUUACGUCAUAAUCCCUGCCACGUUCGAGCCCCAUCGACAAGGGUCGUUCAUGAUCCGAGUUUACACCGACUGCCCAUUUGAUCUCAGAGAACUAAGGUGACUAUGAAACGAUUUCAAGUUUUAGAAAGCAGCCGUAUCAACUCUUAUGCCACGUCAUCAAGCCGACGGGUUUCUCAACAGCCAUUUUUGUAUUCCCGCUCAAGAAAAAAAUCUAUUUUAACCAGUUUCUUCUAGAAAUGAGGAAGCAGCGUGCCUUUUUAUCCAUAUGAAACAAAUGAACUGUCGUCUUAUUUAUAAUGUGAUCGAUACAUUUGUUGAUCUGUUUAAUGAUUCAGAGUAUUUGAUUUGUAGAAAAAUAUUUCUAACUGUGUUAGACUCUCUCGAACAAAACAUA